CUCACAGCCGCGAGUGCUUGGAGCCCGGGUGGUCUAGCAGGCGCACCUGGCGUUGGGAUUGGAGCGGCGUUGACACGGCUCCUUGGUGGGUUUCGCAGUCGUUUUCACGGUCGGCUUUGGGGCGAGGUUACGGCGGUUUAUGGGCGGUUUAUGGGCGGUUUUUCACAGGUGGGGUUUUUUGGGGGAGGUAGGAAAGGGCUGCGCAGGUUGGUGACUGGGGGCGUAAUGACGACGAGUGUGGUUCGUGAGAAUUCAUUGCAAUUUCUAGUUUGCUCGCUUGUGCUGCUGGUUUCUUCGUUGAGGGGGUUGUGGGGGGGCGGCGUGUGUGCGUGUAAGGACCCGACUUCGACUGCGGCGCUGAGUCUGGCUCUGGUUCUGCUUCUGAUUCUGAUUCGAACUACAUCUUUGCACUGCGACUACGGUUCUCAGUCUGCUUGCCAGCCGGAUUCUGGGUUUGCUUCUGGGUUUGCUUCCGCUUCUGCUUCCAACACCGACACCGACACCGACACUGACACCACUACCGCCAACAAACACCGUCCAACCCGCCGCCCCCAGCCUACGCACACACACGCCAUAUCCGCAUACCCACAGCACACUAGUCCGGAGAUCUGUGCUUACGUACGCGCGAGUCUGCAGCUCUGCCUAGUAUCAGAUCAGUAUCAGUACUAGUAUCAGAAUCUCGUGUGUACCGCAGACGACGGGGUUUGCUGGGGACGGGCGGGCGAGCUUUGUGUCCGUACCGUACUGCUUCGACGGC